AUGGUCGCAAUCCAGGCAAAAUGGCACAAGGUCGUCGAAGCCGAGAUCCUGCAGCGCUCCUCGCAGGUCGUGUCGGUCGUCAACCAACGGGCGUACAUCUUCGGCGGAGAACUGCGGCCCCGUGAGCCGCGCGACAACGACGUGCAUGUCCUCUCGUUGGGGGAGGGUCAAAACCCCGCCCUCUCGUCUGCGCCCUCAACGUCGCAGCCCCCCUCUGCACGCGUAGGCACGGCAGCAGCCACCUUGAACAACAAGCUGUACCUCUUCUCCGGACGAGGCGGCGUCGCCAUGGCACCUAUUGAAGAGCAAGGCGCGGUCUGGGAGUACGAUCCGGAGUCGGCAAGCUGGACGCUCCUAGCACCGGCAGAUGCUACGGCUGCAAGCCCCGCUGCACGUAGCUACCACUGCACCACCAGUGACGGGGCCGACACCAUCUACGUGCACGCCGGCUGUCCCGAGAAGGGCCGGCUAUCGGAUCUGUGGGCCUUCAAUGUCGCGCAGCGGCAGUGGACGGAGCUUGCGGCGGCGCCGGACCCGCCGCGAGGGGGUACGUCGAUUGCGUUUGCUGGCGGCAAGCUAUUUCGCAUGAAUGGGUUCGAUGGGAAGACGGAGCAGGGGUCCAAUGCUUGGGUGUCGCAUUCGUAUGCCCCUGAUGGGAAGGCGGGCCCAACGCCGCGGAGUGUGAGUGCGUUGUUGCCUAUCGUCGUUGGUGGCCGGGAUUAUUUGGUUACUUGUUUUGGGGAACGGGAUCCCAGUUCGUUGGGGCACCAGGGGGCUGGGAAGAUGUUGAGUGAUGUGUGGGCAUUUGAAAUCGACAGCAAGACUUGGACCCAGGUGGAAACCCAGGGCAAUGAACUUCCUGCCGCGCGUGGCUGGUUCGAUGCUGAUGUCGAUGGGAAAUCCUCGCUUGUCGUCCAGGGUGGACUGGGAGAGACCAACGACCGGCUGGGGGAUGUGUGGCGCCUCGAGUUUUCUUAA